AUGUCUAGUGCUCUUCAACAUUGGGAUGAAUUACAUCUUCAUGAUUUACAAUGGGUAUCUGAAUUGAUUGAGUUAUCUGCUGCUCAAUGGAACAUUAAUCUUCUACCUCAAUUGUUUACUUCUGAACAGGUGAAUUCCAUCUUAACAAAUCUCAUUCAGCUAGAUCAUCCAGAUACUCUCAUCUGGCAUUUCACAACAGCAGGUAUUUUCACCAAUUCUUCAACUUAUAAAAUGCUCUGCGCUAAGGAUUCCCUUAAUGAUGUUUCUCUGAACUUAUCCCAAUCAUUUUGGCUUAAAUUUUGGAAACUCAAAAUGCCGUAUAAAUUUCAAAUCUUCUUAUGGAAAGGUCUUCACAAUGCUCUGACAGUUAAAGCCAGAUUGUUUCGCCAUAUGAGUACUUCUGAUCAACAAUGUGUUGUCUGUAAUACUGGUACUUCCGAAGAUGUCGAUCAUUUGCUCCUCCACUGCCCUUUUGCUCAAGCAGUUUGGAGGAAGUCUCUACCACAAUACUUUUCUUCUAUAGUGCAGCAUUCAACGCUUUUAUCCUGGAUUCAGAGUUGGCAAAUACAGGAUUCUCCAAUCAACAUUUACAGUAACUAUAACUCUAUUCAUAUCAUAGUCUGCAUUAUGCACAUCAUAUGGAAACAUAGGUGUAAAGUUAUAUUUAGUAACUUAAAUCCAAACCCAAACACAGUCAUUCAUCAAAUAAGUUAUUACAUCUCUGUGCAUCAUUUAGAUACUGUUGUUGAUAAUAGUCACACUCUGCAUCAUUCACUAUCUGUUAGAAAUGCUUUGAAAAACACUUGGAGGCCUCCUCCUAUGGAUGUUUUGAAAGUUAAUAUUGAUGCCUCAUUCAAUCCUCAAUCUUUAAUUGCUGGUUUAAGCAUUACGAGAAAUUAUGCAAGACAAUAUGUGGUGGGAAAAGGAGCUAUAAAAAGGGCUAUUAAUGUGCAUCAGGCUGAAGCAUGGGCUUUGUUAGAAGCUAUGGAUAUGGCAUCUACUCAUGGUUGGACUCAAGUUAUAUUUGAAACUGAUAACUUGAAUAUCAGCUCUUACUUGUAA